CUUUGUCAACUUUACUGUCAGAAGUGUCAGUCAAUGUCAGAAAUAAUAAACAAUGUCACAUAUGGAAGUGUGUGGAUUGUACACUUUAAUAUGAAGUUACUUUUCUAAUCCUAGAGGACAGCACUGCGGAUUAUUGAUUUUUUGGUCAUGUGUGUCCAGUGUUAAAUUUUACUACUUGCUUAUUAUUUCUUCAAUAAACAUUCUUCUUGAAAAACUUAGUUGGACUUUAUUAAAAUUUGCUUCUUGAAUUAUUGUUUAAAUUGUUCAAAAAUAAAUUUUAAGUGUAAAUAAAAUAAUGGCUACCGUGCAAAGAGAGGUUAAAGGUUCUUCAGAAUCAGCAGCAGCUGUUGGAUUGGAUUUUAAAGAAGUGAUGAAUAACUUUAGAUUUAUGUUCCCAACGUUGGAUAAUGAUGUAAUCGAAAAUGUUUUACGUUCUAAUAAAGGAAGUGUCAAUCCGACUAUUGACCAACUACUUACAAUGAGCAAUGAUUGUAGAAUAGAUUUCGAACCAAGUGGUUCGAUAUCUAAUGACGAUGGUGGUUUACCAGAUGCUAAACCUCAACAAAAUUUUAUGGACUCUAUGUUACCAGAUGUUUUGCAUAAUCUUACGCAAAUUAACGAGCAUAAUCAUGAUUCAAAGCGCUGGAAUCCUCCAUUAUUAGGACCCUUACCUAGAGAUUUCCUCAGACUCACUAUUAACUGUAAUACUCAGUUGUCAGAUAAUGAACUCAAUGAUGAACAAAUAGCCAUUUUACUUCAAAAUGAAGAAUUUAUUGUACAACUAAGAGAAAACGAGUAUUUUCUUUCUAGCUUAGAGAAAGAUAGUCCUUUGGAAGAACAAAAAUUUUUUGUGACUACUAAUAUGCAAAAUGAUGAUGAUGCAUUUAAAGAACGAUUGAAAAAUAUGGGAAAAGCUUCAAGGAAAAAGUUUAUGCAAAUUGCAAGAGUGUUUACUAGAAAAAAGAAAAAGAUUUCAGCACGUAAUAUACUAGGUCAAGGAGAUAACCAUGCUAAAGAUAAUUUAUUUCUACAAGAAGAACAUUAAAAUUGGCAU